AUGGAAGAAAUAUCUACAGGUCCCCCAAACCCCUGGAUGCAAGGGAUCAAACGCAUAGCAAAACUCCUCCUGCAUCAAUGGCUCCUACUAGGCAUCGGAGUUGUCUGCGUGUUGGCCUACUUCUUCCCAAAUGUCGCCAAACACGGCGGAACAAUCCGCUCAGAGUAUAGCAUUAUGUACGGGGUGAUUGCGAUAAUCUUCUUAAUCUCCGGCCUGAGCAUUCCGCGCCAGAAACUCUUUUCUCACUUCCUGAAUUGGCGGCUACACCUCGUGGUACAGGUGAUUUCAUUCUUAUUCAUUCCGGCGUUGGUUUUGGCCGUUGUGCAUAUCAUCUUAGCUGGUGAUCCAGGCGGCAAAAUUGAUCGCGCUGUUUUGGCUGGGUAUAUCUUUACGGCGUGUAUCCCGACGACGAUUGCUUCGAAUGUUGUUAUGACGCGCGCGGCUGGGGGUGAUGAUGCUGCUGCGCUUGUUGAGGUUUUGAUUGCUAAUAUUCUUGGGCCGUUUGUUACGGCUGCUUGGACUGUUGUUUUGAUUCCUAAGACGGCGGAGUUUGAUUUGUGGAGGUUUGGGGGCGGGGGACUGGGGAGUAUGUAUAAGGAUGUUUUUCAGCAGCUUGGGCUGAGUGUUCUGUUGCCUUUGUUUGUUGGCCAGAUUGUUCGUUGGACUUGGCCGGAUAGGACUGCUUGGGUGUUGUUGAAGACCAAGUUGCCCAAGUGGGCGAGUGUUUGCAUGCUCUUGUUGAUUUGGUCAACUUUCUCGUCUUGCUUCGCAACAGGAGCCCUUCAAUCCCUUUCCGCACAGAGUGUGAUCUUCGUGGUUCUCUUCAAUAUCGCACUCUACAUCUUCCUAACACUAGUUUGCUUCAUCGGCUCAAGACCACCGCGGAUCUUGGGUUCUCGGAAAUGGUCCGAACCCAUGUUCAAGUGCAUGUCUCCCGAGGAAACAAUUGCAGUGUGCUUUUGUGGGCCAGCGAAGAGCACAGCACUUGGUAUUCCGCUGCUAUAUGCAAUGUGGAAGCCAAUUGAUCUCUACACAAAAUCCAAGACGUCUGUGCCGGUUUUGCUUUAUACCACAGAGCAGAUAUGUGUUGCUCAUUUCUUCGUACAGCUUUUCCGGAGGUGGCAUGCGAGGCUUGUUGAGAAAGAGCAUGUCGAAUACGCGGGUGAUGCUGAAACUGGAAUGGCGGAGGUUGGGCAUGAGAACCAUAUCACGCGUGAGAAUUCUAUUGUUUGA